UAGGCCACGCGGGGUUCAGGAGCAAGGCGGAAAUGCGGGCUCCGGAAGGGGCGGGGCGCUUCAGGGAAGUGGGCGUGGCGGUGCGGUCCCUUCCUUGUCACGUGAGACCCAGCGCCGGCGGAGUCACAACAUGGCGACGGCGCUGACGCAGGGCCUGGAGCGCGUCCCCGACCAAACCGGCUACCUGGUCAUCUGCGACGGGGCUGUGCUGGCCUCGGCCGGUGACCUGGAGAACGACGAGCGCGCGGCCAGCGUGAUUUCGGAGCUGGUGAGCACAGCCUGCGCCUUCCGUCUGCCUCGCUGCCCGGAAGUGCCCUUCCGGCGCAUCUCCGUGGUGUUUGGGGAACACUCAUUCCUGGUGACCGUCUCUGGCCAGAAGCUCUUCGUGGUGAAGCGGCAGAACUCUGUCCGGGAGCCCGUGCUGGUCUGAGCCUGCCGGGGCCGCAGAGCCCCGUCCUCUCCUGUGCUCGUGGCUCACCCUGCCACGUUCGUGGUGAUGUGUGUGUGUGGAAGGCUGGCUUAGGCACAUGUAGGAUACCUUCAAUGUGUACGCUGUUUGUGUUGGAACCAAAUUAAAAACAUUUAUUUUCACUGA